GAAACAGUACAUCAUUUCCGGGGUGCGACUCGUUCGGAAGCUAUCCCAGAAUACUUUCAUAGUGCAAUAAUAAGCUAUUUGUCUCAUAUUUCAAAAGGAGGCCGACAGAGGCCAGUAAUUUCUGCUGGGAACAGAACUUUAAUGUAAGUCUGCUGUCCGUCCUGCGGCAGGAACAUGAAGAAGAAAGGCUCAGAGAAAAAGCGCCAUGUGGUCGCCUGGGUCAACAAAGCUGAGUGGGACCAGGUUCUGGAGUAUCUCUACUCCAAAGACUCCUCUCUGCAGAGAUUCGCCCUGCACAGGAUCUCGGCGUGGAAAGGCCGGUACGCUAACAGCACCCCCGUGGCGGUGGACUGCACGGCGGACCUGGUGAGGUGUCAGGUGCUGGACCGGACCGGGCAGCUGGGCGGGGAUGACCUGGUUCUGCUGUACGGGGCGGCCCUGGUGCGGUUCGUCAAUCUGAUCACUGAGCGACAGCAAGGCAGAGUGGCCCGUCCACUGAGGAGGCUGGCUGGGAACCUGAACAUCCCAGAGUGGGUCGUGGAUCUGAGGCACGACUUCACUCACCGCAAGCUCCCCACCUUGAAGUGGUGCCGAAAGGGGUGUAAAGUGGUUCUGGAGUGGCUCCAGCAGGAGUACUGGUCCAGGCAGCUGGGUGGAGGCGCUGGUGAUGACUGGGAAUCACAGUCAGACUUGGAGGACGAAGAGGCUGAACUAAAACUACAAGAGGAUGAGCUCAUCACAAGGCAGAAAGAAAUGGAAGCCUACAAGAAUGCCCGCUCUCUACUGAUAUCUUAUGAAAAGGAGCAGUACCAGGCUUUUGAUGGGAAUCCUGAAGACCAGGAGAAGAGCUUGUGGCCAGCGCCUUUUGAAGACAUGAGCUGGUUACUGGGUGAGAUCAAGCAGUUUGCUUUGGAGUCGUGUGAUUUGCUCGUUGAUGUGUUGCUGGAAGAUGGAUUUCUGGUUCCUACUGUUGAGCAGCUGGAGACUUUAGGUUGUAAUUCCUCUCAUGAUGCCAGUCCCUCUGAGCCCAGACUCCCUCAAACAUUCCUGCGCUUUUGGCUGCCGCUGCUGAAGGUGCUCAACUCCCCGUCCUUUAUUCACGUCCUCCUAGAGAAGCUCUUUGUUGAACUGAAGCUGCUCGCCAAAGAGCAGAACAAUCACAGAGCUUUCUACAUUUCUGCUUGGACUUCAGAAGUCAUCCUCUGCAACAGCAACAAAUUCGAGUACCACUUUGAAACGAAGGUACAGAGAAAGGCCCGAAUGAAGGACAGGAUUUUUGUGAACCGCAUCCAGCUGAGGUGGCAGCAGCUGCUCUCUGCAUGCCUGGAUGCUCCCUGUAUCAGCACGCCUCACUUGCUCCAGCUAAUCCUGGAUGACAUGGAGCAUCCUCUGCCUCUGGAAACUCAACAGAGGCUGCUCCAGCUCUGCUCCAUCUACACACAGACAACACAAUCGGAGCUGAACACUUCUCAGGUGCACAAGCAGCAGCCAAUAUACACACUGGAGAGUUUGCACGAGAAGCUGCAGCAUCGGCACAGCCAGCCCUGGCGUUCUGAGGCAGACCUGGAGAGGAGCGAGUCCUCCCAGGAGAACAGAUGGGCAGAUGUUCAGGCUGAGAAGACAAAGCUGCUCAGAGGUUCUCCAUGGCAGGUUUGCACUGAUAAAGUUUUGUGGAGGAACUUUCCUCUCGGAAAAGUCCCCGGACAGUCAGAUGACCCCUCCAGCUUCAUGGUGGAACAUUAUUCAACCAUGACAGUCUUUGACCAGCCGGUGGAGCUGGAGAGCAACGCGACACGAAGCGUCCCGGGAGUCUCUGCACCAGCCAGGACGGCUGAAGGGCUUCUCUGGAACCACAGUGACAUCAACAAGCUGAAGUCUGGACUGCAGCUUUUUUGAAUCUCAGUGUUUUAAUGCUGCACGGUGUGUUCAGCUCUGUGUUGUUCUGACGCACACACAAGAUGUUCAAAAUUAUGUAAGCUUCAAUAUUAAAAAUAGUUUCUUUCGGAAAUAAAAAAUGUCAAGACUUUUAUAAAUUGGCAUAAAGCAGCAAUUAGCUAUUCAUUUCAUUGUCAAUAACUUAUUUUAUAAAGUGUCUGAAAAUGGUGGAAAGUGCCCGUCAUAAUUUCCCACAGACCAAAGUGACAUGUUUCAUUUUGCCUUACAGUCUAAAACUCAAAUAUAUCCGCCCAUGUUUGACAUACCAGUGCAUCACAUCCUGUCAUUUAAAAUACUGGAAUCAACAGAUUUCAGAAAAAAAUUGGUUAAAGUAAAUCAAAUAAUCAUAUCAGCUCUACACUGACACAGAAUUAAUUUUUCUGGGUCAUUUGUCAGGUAUUGAUGCCAAAUGUUGCUUGGAAUCAGAUUCUUAACCCUUUGAUGCGUAGACCACAUGAGGAGAUACCCAUUUUCCAUUGGAUUUGGGUCACUUUUGACCCAGGUUAUGCAUCAAAGGGUUAAUUGUGAGGAUUUGAUGCAUUUCUCUGUUGAAUCAACUGGAAAUUAUUUGUCUUUAAAGAUUUAUUCUGAUAAUUAAAUGUCAGGAAGUAGCAGGAAACAUGCCCAGUAUAGUUUGUCAAAGUCCAAAGUGAACAGUUUGUCCACAGGGUCUGACAUUUUAUAAACAAAACAAUUCAUCCAUUGCUAUUAAUUUACAUUGAAGCCCUAAUGUCAAGCAGUUGUAAAGGCUUUAAUGUUGAAUACUUGGUAAUAUUUUCAGGGAAAAAUAAAGGUGAAACUAGUGCAGCACCUAAUACAUUCUGUACUUCACCUUAUACCACAUGAUAAAGUUAAACAGGAUAUGGUUUCAUAAUUAUGAUGGUGUGUUCAGAGCACAGUGAGUGUUGUUGGUUUUUAUGAACUGUUUUGUAAAUCUGGAUCGCUUUUAGUUGGAAACACCAGUAAAGAUGUUUUUUGUGAGCACAAGGGUGGUUUCAUGGGGAAAAAAAUGUUGUUUUGUGCACUUCUGUUAAAUAAAACUUUUUCUAUCUGAAA